AUGCUAGUCACCUGCAGAGGAGAUGCUUCUCCAUCCUCGCCGAAAUCAAGCCACGAGGGCUCCUACUGGACCAUCCCCACACCGGAAGUCCCGCCCACACCGGAAGUCCCCGCUGAGACCGGGCCUCAGGCGCCACGGCUGGGCCAAAAGGUCACCGAGAGUUCACGCGACUCGGAGCCGCCUCGCCCCGCCUCCCACACCCGCGCCCCGCGGAGGCCGCCUCGCACCGCCGUCCACCAACCCAGACCCCACCCGCCGGCCGGGGCCCCCCGGGCUCCAGCUCCCGGAUUCCCCACGCCCCCCUCCCCUCCCCGGAAGCCCCUGAGGCCUCAACGGUCGCCCGAACCGAUCCGCGACACACACCUACCACCCCAAGACUCAGGAGCGCCAUACCGCCGGGCCGAAACCCGUUCAUCCGCGCUUCUCAACAGCCGCGCAGGGAAGAACCGGGCCGGAGCAGGCGUGAGCGGCAAAAAUUUGGAGCCGAAAGUCUACGUCCACUCGGAAGUUGCCGCUUUCCUCUCCUCGCUAGCCGCCUGUUACUUGAUGGUGGGAAUGUUGUGA